AUGGCUACACAAUUUUGGAUAUAUGAUAGGAUCAUUGGUUGGCUACGAAAAGAGGGUGACCUGUCGCCUAUUGAGCUAAGAAGGAGAUUGUUGCAAUUCCAUCAUCUUAAGCUUCCAUACCACAGAGUUUGGCGAGAAAAGGAGCUUGCCAUGUCUAUGAUUCAUGGCAAUUGGGCAGAUUCUUUUGAGAGCAUGGAGGAUUUCAAGGAGGAGCUUUUGAAAAGAAACCCGGGUAGUGUAGUAAAGCUAAAGUUAGAUGUGACUGGUGAUAAGCAUUACUUCCAUCGCUUCUUUAUUUGUCUACGUGCUUGCAGUAUGGGCUUUUUAGUUGGUUGUAGGCCUUUUAUAGGCCUAGAUGGUUGCCACUUAAAGAAGAAGUAUAGGGGUGUGAUAAUGGCUGCUACAUCACUUGAUGGAAAUAAUGGUUUGUUUCCAGUUGCUUUUGGUGUUGCAGAAUCUGAAAAUAGUGAUAGUUGGACUUGGUUUUUGGAGACACUUAAAGAAUCAAUUCAAACUCCAGAAGGUCUAGUACUUGUAUCAGAUCGACAAAAGGGAUUGAAAAAAGCAGUACAAUAUAUAUACCCCCAAAUAGAACAUAGAAAAUGCAUGAAACACUUGUAUAAAAACUUUCAAACAAAAUUUUCAAGAUAUUGGCUUAAAAUUAAGUUAUGGGGAGCUGCAAGGGUAUACACAAAAGUCCAACAUGAUGAUAUUAUCAAUCAAAUUAAGGAGGCUAGCUUGGAGGCAUUCAAGUAUCUUAAUGCUGAAAAUAUUGGUUUAUGGAGUAGAUCUCAAUUUGGCAUCACAGCUAAGUGCUCCUAUAUAACAAACAACCUUUCGGAGUCAUUCAAUGCUUGGAUUUCUGAGGCUAGACAUAGGCCAGUUCUUGAUUUAUUAGAUAUUGUAAGACAAAAAAUUAUGGUGAAAAUGGAAGCAAGAAGGAGAAUGGCUGCCUGCUGGAAAGGAAAUUUAGUUCCUGUGGUAAUAAAGUAUGUAAGAGACAUCAGCCUUAAGCUAGGUGAUUAUACUGUUUAUGAAACCGGUGAUUACAGAGCAGAAGUAAUUGAGACUAAUGGAAGGUAUGAAGUAAUUCUAAAUGAACAAAGGUCUUCUUGUCGUCUGUGGGAGGUGUCAGGCAUUCCUUGUGUGCAUGCUGCAGCUUUUAUUUGUAGUAUGAGAGGUGCAAAUUUGGAAAAUUAUAUCUCGGAGUACUUGACCAUUGCCAAGUAUUAG